CUAUACAACGCUGGUCGUAUUCUUCACCUAGUUCGACUAAAAUCUCCCCCAGAUGAGAACCAGCCCAGUGAUAGAAAAACAAAUAAAAAAGACCGGCAGUACGAGAUGCGCUGGGCGCAACCAGAAGAUUUUAUGGAGCUAUCAGUAAUGCCGAGGAUGUUACUGGACCACUUACCAGAAAAUCUAGAACUAGCACUGAGCACUUUAUUAAAACAACAAGAAGACAUACCAGUCUACUUAGACUCGACG